AUGGUGCAGUGUGAGGAGGCUCAGAUGGUGAUCACGGUGCACAGGGAUCUCUUUGGGACCGGGCGCCUGAUCAGAGCUGCUGACCUGAGCCUUGGCCCAGCCACCUGCCGGUUCAUGUCCCUCGAUGCUGCGGAGAACACGGUGACCUUUGUAGCUGGGCUCCAUGAGUGUGGCAGCGCCUUGCAGUGGGUUCCCUUCAGCUCCACCCUGUCUGCAGAGGAGAGGCUGGGUUUCUCCCUGCGCCUGAUGAAUGGUAGGUGGGAGGCCCCUUCCGGGAGCCCAGCCCUCCUGCCUGCUCUGCUCACGGCUGGGAGCCACGUGGCUCUGAGGAUCUUUGUGGACAGCUGUGUGGCCACCCUGAGCCCGGACAGGCACUCCUCUCCCCGCUACGCUGUUAUUGACUUCCAUGGGUGCCUGGUGGACGGGAGAUCAGAUGAUGCUUCCUCUGCCUUCGUAUCUCCCCGGCCCAGGCAGGACACACUGAAGUUCGUGGUGGAUGUGUUCAGGUUUGCAGGAGAUAUCUAUCUCACCUGCCACCUGAAAGUCACUGCAGCCGAGCAAGCCCCAGACCCCUUGAGCAAGGCUUGUUCCUACAACAAAGCAGGCAACUUCUGGUCUCCAAUGGAGGGCACCAGAAACAUCUGCAGGUGCUGCGAGACCGGGAACUGUGCAUUGAUUGGAGGACAGUCUGGGAGAGUCGGCCCUGUGGACAGACGGCCAAGGAGGCGCUUCCAGAGACAUGUCGCUUCCAGGCAUGGUGACCCCUUGGUGAGGGAAGCUGAGGCAGAUGUUGUGGUAGGACCUCUAGUUAUCUUUGAUGCCUAUCCUUGACAAAUGGUGGUGGAGUUUCACCUCUCUCCAUCUGUGCAUGUCCAGCUAGCAGCAAGACACUACAGGGCUUCCGCAGUAGGGAGAACACAAAUCAGCCUCCAGCCACAGCGCCCUCAAUGUGAACCAGACUCCAAGAGGGAGUGCUGGCUGACUCUAGCCUUAGGUGAUCUAGGGUAACUUCCCCCUGAUCCUUGUCUAAUGCAAGCAGGCUAACCAGGUCUUUCCUCCUCAUGGACUAAAAUCCCCUCCCCUGGGCGUUCUGCGACUCUAGCCGUGUAGGCCAAAGGGCUACAGGCCCCAGGCAGAAAUGGGCUCAAAGAUCCUGUU